AACAAAGGCCCAUGCUUUUAAGUACAACCCUAGAAUUAGAAAACGUUGAUAUAAAUAAGCUGUCAUAAAAUUGAGCUUCUUCUUCUCUGAAGCCGUAUCCUAGGGUUUUCUUUGCACACUACUCGCUCCAAUGGGAAAGGGAACAGGGAGUUUCGGUAAGAGGAGGAACAAGAGUCACACACUCUGUGUGAGAUGUGGUCGUCGUAGUUUCCACAUCCAGAAGAGUCGUUGCUCGGCUUGUGCUUACCCAGCUGCUCGCAAGAGGACUUGUAAGAACUCUCUUCAUUGUUUUAAAAAAACAUUCUCUGAAGAUGCGUUUCAUUUUCUCGAUCUAGAUUUGCUUUUGUGUGUUAAUAUUCAUUCUCCAUGAUCGUGCUUGAGUCUGAUAUGCAUUUGGACCAAUUUGUAUAUUCGUUCUCUAACAGAAGAAGCUUAUCUAUGUAGCUCGAUUGACAUGUCUAUUAGUUUUGUUUAUUAUAGCUUGAAAUGUUUAAACUUUAUCAGUUCUUUAAUGUCUUUGCUUCAAUUGAUUGGUUGGAAUUUGAGGGAUUAUCUAUGUUCAUUUCUGUCUCUGAGCUCAAUUCUUGUCUCUUUGGUUAACAGACAACUGGAGUGUGAAGGCCAUCAGGAGGAAGACUACUGGUACCGGAAGGAUGAGGUAUCUCCGUAAUGUUCCUCGUCGGUUCAAGACUGGAUUCAGAGAAGGUACUGAAGCCAAGCCAAGGAGCAAGGCAUCAGCUUCAUCAGCUUAAAGAGCCAGUUCGAGUAGUCUCUCAGGAAGGACUAAAGCUUAGCAUUUUUUGCAUUCAACUAGUUGAAGAUUACUUUUCAUGUGGAUCUCAUACAUUAUGUUAUGUGGGUUUUGUUUCUUUUGUUAUUCACUUAUAAAGUUUUGAACUUGGUUUAAAUAUCAUCUUACAUUUGCAACCUUAACAAGCCUUCUUCAUAGGUUUCAUUAGAGUCCUAGUUUUGAUUGAAUGAUAUCUUUGAAGUUCGCGUAAACCAACCUCAAACAAG